GUUGAGCUAUACCAUCUACUGACGUCACCAUUUCUUAUCAAGCCGGCUAUGAUAAGGGAAGUUUUGGAAGUUCGCCUGCUAUGAUAUGUGUAUAUAUUGUAGCAGUUCAAGAUGAAUCUCUCAAGUUUAGACAAGUACGUAAAGAGUGACGAUGUCUAAUAACACCAUUCCAACAGUCGAGGGGGGCAAGAGAAUAGUCUUCACGGGAGGCAGUGGCAAAGCAGGGCGUCAUGUUAUCCCAUACUUACUCUCCAAAGGACAUAAGGUCUUAAAUCUUGACCUAAUUCCAUUUCCCGAUCCAUCUGUUGAUGUAUACACACUCAAAACGGACCUCACAGAUUCAGGCCAAGUUUUCAAUGCCCUCACAUCCCAUUUUAACAUGUCCGGAUACAACGAAGGACCGGUGCCCGGUCCUCCAGAUGUGGUUAUACAUUUUGCUGCCUAUGCCCGAAAUAUGCUUGUACCUGACAGCGAACUCUUCCAAGCCAAUACUCGUAGCACAUACAACAUAAUCGAAGCAGCUAGCAAACUUGGCGUGAAGAAGAUCAUAACAGCUAGCUCUGAAACCGUGUAUGGAGUAUGUUUUGCACAAGGAGAUGUCGAUUAUCAUUCCUUUCCUCUAGAGGAAGACUAUGACGUUGAUCCCGAAGAUUCGUAUGCUCUAUCCAAAAUCUGUGGCGAGAAGACUGCUCGUACAUUUGCGAGACGGUUCAAGUCAGAUAUAUACGCGCUGAGAAUUGGGAAUGUUAUUGAACCACAUGAGUAUAAAAGAGACUUUCCAGGUUUCAUGGAAGAUCCUAUGUGCAGGAAACGAAAUGCCUGGAGUUACAUCGAUGCAAGGGAUUUGGGACAAAUUUGUGACUUGGCGAUCAAGAAAAAUGAUCUAGGGUUUCAAGUCUUCAAUGCCACAAAUGAUGGCAUCACAAUUCCUGGGGAAGAAAAGACAGGGGACUUUUUGAAGAGAGUCUGCCCGGGAACGAAGGCGACAAGGGAGUUGGGGGAGAGAGAAGCACCGUUGAGCAAUAGAAAAAUUAGAGAAGUGUUGGGAUUCAACGAACUCCAUGACUGGCGCAGCUAUGUCAAUUGAGAGGAGGGAGGAGAAGCACCUCAGGGAGCUCCUUGUUGAGAUAAGGAGCCAACUAUGGCUUUGGAAAUCUCUUCACAUAGUAUUGUUUGCCAUUCCCAAUGUCCCACGCCUUAUGGAUAGGCACAGCUAGAUCUGGUAGUGAGCAUACCUCAAAUGAUAGCAGAAGCUCUCACUCA